GGCUAAUCAAGUAUGAAAAGCCAGUCACAGGAAAGGAGAAUUGUUGGUUGGAAUGGGCUGUAAUGGUAAAUUAAUAUAAAACGAACGCAAAACAAAUAUUAGUGCUAUAUUUACAUAUGUAUAUAUGUUAUUUUUGUAUUGACGUAGAUUUCUGUUAGAGAAAGAGAAAAAUAGUACGGCAAUUUUAUACUAAAAGCGGACAAAGAUAGAAAUAGAUAAAGAAAGAGAAGAGUAGAUGUUGAUAGAGGGAGUGAGUGUCUGAGAGUGCGUGAGUAGGGGUAAGAGUAGAGUUGUAAAGGUGUUGCAGCCACCACCUCACUUCUAAAUAGAGCGACAUGUUUGUCUGACUAUGGCUGCCCGUCGAAAGACAUUGAUUGCAAUUUUGGUCUACAUUUGGCCAAGUUGACCAUGUCUCAGCGAAACGAGCAGCAAAAACACAAAAACAGCCAGAGCACACAACCAUAAAGGAAAAGACAGGGUGAGAUAGCUAUAGACAUAGAGACAUAUUAUAAAAGGAAAAGAAAAACUACAGUUUAGUGAGAGGCCAAAAAAAAGGAGAGCGAAAAAACAACAGAUGAAAACAUGUUUCCAUCGUCUGGGUAUUUCCGUGGUUUAGACUGCCCCUUUUAUGCCAGUGGCCUGUGUGAGAGACCUUACUGCCACUAUAAACAUUCGAAGCAACCACCAACGGAUAAAGAUUCUUCUUGGAUCGGGAAAACCGUUAACAGUCAGCGUUUCUGUAAUGUUGCUGAAGAACCAAAAGUUGUUGAUAUUGAGAAACAGAAGAAGAGCCUGGUUGCCAAUGAACUAGAACGGUCGAAAAACUUGAAGAACCAAUUUGCAGAGAGCAGCAACCCCCUUGUAAAGGAUUUGAGCAAGUUGUAUGUGUACAACCCACAAGCCAGCAUCCCGGGGUUGUACGAGAGCUCCACUGACGGUAAUACAGAUGGUAAAUUCAAAAAUUAUGUCAAGUAUUGUGUUAACGGCACCCCUGCCUAUCAACCGACCUGUGAUAAACGGCCAAAGGAAACUCCUUAUGAUGUGUUUGCACAGAGCAAAAAAAAAGAGAAAGUGAAGGAGUACAGUUGCGAUGGUGCCGCGAACUCUGCUCCUGAGUACAACCCUACUCCGAUUAGCAAGCUGAAGCGAAUGCAGAAGUACUCUUCGCAGUCCAACACACAUUCCGUUCUUGAGUAUGAUCCUGUCAGUAAUUUCGAAGCUGGUUUUGGUAAUAAGACAUAUCUAAAUUUGGACAAUCCUUACAUAGCCACCACUAACAACAAGGUUCAAGCGCCAAGCAAAGACCAGGUUUACAAACCGAGCAGUGUGCGUCCAUUUGCCUCCGACGAGGAAGAUGAAGAUCGCGAGCUUGUAAUCGAUGCCAAGUUUAGCGACGACAGUGAAGAUGGUGUGGUUAACACGACCAUUUACCUGUCAGACGGACAACACAGUGAUAACGAAUCUGAAAGUAAAACUACAACGGGAGUUGUUAAGUCCUCAUUGUACAAAAGCAGCAACAGCAUUAACCCCACCGACAUUCGAUCAAACCAGUCAGUUCACAAGCAAACCUCCUCCAAACAUACUUCAUCUGUCUCUCACAAAAGCAUCAACUCCAACAAAACCAGUUCAGAUUCUUCGCACUCGAAAACCAGCAAAAGUAGCAAAGGUUCUGUCGAUCUCUCUGCCAACCAAUCAAAGGAGGAGAAGAAGAAGUUAGAGUCGAGUAGCAGUGGUAGUAAUAGCAGCAGUAGUAAUAGUAAUAGUAGUAGUAGUAAAAAUAAGCUGGAGAAAAAGAAAAGUUCUGAUGAUAAAUCUGCCAAAGAGAAAAAGAAGGCGACGGCGGAGGGUGGCAGCAAAUCGUCUGAAAAGAAACUAACCAACAGUUCUGAUUCGCUUGGCAGCGCUUCUUUGAAAGAGACGAGCUGCAGUAAGAAAGAGAAGAAAGACAUUCAUUUGAAGGAGAAAAUGAAGAAGCCUAAAGACCAUCAUGGCUUAAAUAGUAAGAAUUGUCAGAGUGGGGAGCAGAUGGAGAGAGAGAAAGAUCGACAUAAGGGAGAAGUGGAGAAGGUGGGGAAUGUGAAAGUGAAAUUAAAAGAGGGACGGUGUGAGGAGGUCCGGCGGAGCAACUCCCUCUUAUCAUCAUCAACAUCAUCAUCAUUAUCAUCAUCAUCAACAGUGUUUGUUAAGAAAGGGAAUGAGCCAGAACGAAGAAAAAGUGAUCCCUUGUAUAAAAGUGAUUCCUCAAAGCAUGAGUUUAAUGGAGAUCCGAAGAAGGAGCAUGUGAGGCGAAAGAGUGAGUCGGAGAAGAAGAGCGAUGGUAAGGGCCACCUGUUGGAAUUGGUGAAGCGAAAGAGUGAAUCGGAAAUGAGGAAAACGGAACACGAGCGGAGAAAAGAAACAUCAUUGCAUAAAACUGAUGCUGAUUUGAAACGGAAAGACGAUAAAAAAAUUGUACAAAACCAUAAUACAACAGAGAAAAAUCGUGUUGAGAAGAUAAAACCCAAAAAAGAAGUCAAUAUCGAGAAGUCUUGUGAUAAAGAAAAACUGAAAAAACUGAAAUCCAAAACUUUGGAAAUCAACAAAAAAUCGGUGAAGUCCGAGGGUGUACAUAGCAGCUCCCCAGAAAAGUCCAAAAAGAGAGUUCUCUCAGGAGAAAAAUCUCUUGAAUCGAAUAAAAAGAGACAUUGUAGUGAAAAACAUCUUUCUUCAUCAUCUGAUGAGAACCAUUCUUCAAAGAAAAUUUUCAUCUCCGAUAUGGUUUCUAAGUCUCUAAAAAGGAAAGCCCCUAUAGAAGGACAGUCUAAAAGCUCAUCUAUUUUCUCAUCAUCUUCAUCUUCAUCUAACUGCAAACUGCCUUUAAAAAACCCGAAAAACAGCUAUUCAGUGAGUAUUUCUGACCUGUUUGGUAAGGACAGUGAUGAGGAGGAGAGCAACAGCAAUACGUUGAACCAAUCGGCUGGGGAUGAAAGCACUGGUCUGUCGGACGAUGACGAGUUAAAUGUGAUUUUUGGUGACACAGACCUUUCUGAGAAUGAUCCGUAUGAAGAAUGUUUGAAGAUUUUUAAUGAAUCCAAUAAUGAAAAAAGACAAUCAAAUCCAACAAAGAACGAAAGAAAGAAAAGGGAAGUGGUGCAACCUCCAUCCAUGGACGAUGGUAAGAAGAGAGUUGCCCAUGCAGCAGCAGCCAACAGACAGUGUAAUGACAAGUUAAAAAAGUUGAUCCGGCCAGUAAUAGCCAAACCAAGCCCUGCUCAAGUCAUGCAGAAUCGUAUUCUAAAGAAAGUGGUAUUACCAAAGCUGCAGUUGAAACUUCCAGACAUGUCUAUGCCAGAGAGUUGCAAUAUUAAUGUGUUUCGCACUGUGGCUGGUACAGCUGCUAAGACACAAAGCAGAGUGGCACAUGUACCCAAAAAGUUAUUUAAAAAACAAAAAAGAAAGUUCAAACAAACAAACGUCGACAAUUAUCACAAGAAGACUAAGAAACAUUUCGUCACUAUGAACGUGGUCAUGCUGGAGCCCCCACUUUACCAACACGGCCCUGGGCCCUGGUUUCGACCGGCUCCCUUUUAUUGUGGUAGACGAAGUCACUGUGCUUGUAACAUGUGUUACAGGGCCAACGGUGGCGGUGGUUGUUCGCACCAGGUGUGGAUAAACAUGUCACAACAACGAACACGCCAGGAGGUGCUGAAGAGACCGACCAUCACACCAGAUUCCAGCAGUAAAGUCCCUGUAGCCAUCAGGCAGCGUUAUCUGAAUCUGAUCAUUGAUGAGUAUGUGAAACUCAUUGAUUCAGAAUGGGAAGCCAUGAAAAAGGGAGAAGAAGAAGAGAAAGAUGUUUAUCGUAGCUGCAAUACCAAAGUUGGUUAUUUAAACAAAGCCAUUCACCUCAUCAAACGUUUGCGCAGCGGCUGUCUUGGCACACUCAAGAAGCUGCUGCCAUCCACCAACCCGCCACCAGCACCUUGCAAAGAGACAAAGAAAUUAGAACAUCAACUCACAGGUCUUGCCCUUUACGAAAGAGUAAAACAGUAUAUUUUGACAGAGGAGGAGUUGAGAGAGAACCACUUUCCACGACCCGAAGGAUUGGGACGUUCCAAAUAUUAUAUAUCAGAUGUCACCAAAGAACCUUACCUGCCCAGCGAUGAGAGGUUUUGUUGCCGCUGUGGAAAAACAUACCGAGUUACAAGCAGUGGAAGAGCAGUUGUGGAAGACGAGUGUCUCUACCAUUGGGCAAAACCUGUUCGAAGACGAUAUGGAAAUACUAUUGAAACUCGAUACAGAUGCUGCCAAGGUGAGAUUGGAUCAACAGGCUGUGAAGUUGGUGUGACUCAUGUCCAUCACAAAAAUAAAUUCGAUGGUUCCUCUGGCUACAUGAUCACCCCAGACAGAGAAAUGCCUCCCCAAGGUCCAGGUGUGUUUGCCAUGGACUGUGAAAUGCUCUACACCACAGCUGGCAUGGAAGUUGCACGGGUGACAGUUGUAGAUUCUGAAUGUAAUGUUGUCUAUGAAACUUUGGUGAAACCUGACCAUGAAAUUCUUGAUUACAACACACGCUUCAGUGGGAUCACAGAAGAAGAUAUGAAGGGUGUGGCGACCAAACUGAUCCAUGUCCAGGCGGUUCUACUCCACUAUUUCUCAUCACAAGCCAUAUUAGUUGGUCACAGUCUGGAGAACGAUUUAAUGUCCGUCAAGCUAAUCCACAGUUGUGUUGUUGACACAUCAGUCUUAUACCCCCAUAGGGCUGGCAGACCCUUGAAGAGGGCCCUGAAAAAUUUGACACAUGACUACUUGAAUACAACCAUCCAAGAAGGAAUUGACGGACAUGACAGCCAAGAAGACGCUAUUGCUGCCAUGAGGCUUGUGCAUUACAAAAUCCAACAAGAUGGAAACAAAUAUCGCUCAUGACACAAUAAUCAUAAUAAUAACAAUAAUAUUACACAGAUAUUAUAAACGAUUAAAAGAUAACAUGCAACAGACUGCUAAGUCUGUGGAACAAACAUUGUGAACUUUAGGAUUCUCAUUUUGGAUGGAACUGUUACCAAAACAUACAUAAUAUACACGCACAUACAUAUAUAUGUAUGUGUGUGUGUGUGUAUAUAUAUAUAUAUAUAUAUAUACACACACACAUACACACAUAUGUAUACACAUACAUUCAUUGUUAUAUAUAUAUAUAUAUAUAUAUAUAUAUAUACAUAUAUAGACACGCACACAUAUACAUGCACAUUAUAUGUAUACUUCUGUGUGUAUGCAUGUGUUUGUUUAUAUACACACACAAAUAUGUUUAUGUAUAUGCAUGUUUGUGUAUGUAUGUAUAUAUAUGUGUGUGUGUAUGCACACACACACAUUCACUUACAUACCCAUGUAUAUAUGUGUGUGUGUGUGUGUAUAUAUAUAUAUAUAUAUAUUUAUUCAUGCAUAUAUUCUGAGGAGACAAAACAAAAAUCUGAAAACAAGAGUUAAAUAUUUAAAAUAAUAAAAACCAAUGAAACUUCAA